AUGGCUGCCACUUCUAACGCCGCUGUCGACCAGCUCGCCGCUGACCUCGGCAACACCAGCCUCGACAACAAGGCCGCUGCCCCGGCCACCAUCGACACCAGCGUCGCCCCCGCUGAGGGCCAGGCCGAGGGUGCUGAGGCUGCUCCUACCCCCACCGCUGCCCCUCACCCUCAGGCUUCCGCCUCCCUCUAUGUCGGCGAGCUUGACCCCUCCGUCACCGAGGCCAUGCUCUUCGAGCUCUUCUCCCAGAUCGGCUCCGUCGCUUCCAUCCGUGUCUGCCGCGAUGCUGUCACCCGUCGCUCCCUCGGCUACGCCUACGUCAACUACAACACCACCGCUGACGGCGAGAAGGCUCUUGAGGAGCUCAACUACACCCUGAUCAAGGGCCGCCCUUGCCGCAUCAUGUGGUCCCAGCGUGACCCCGCCCUCCGCAAGACCGGUGCCGGCAACAUCUUCAUCAAGAACCUCGAUGCUGCCAUUGACAACAAGGCUCUUCACGACACCUUCGCUGCCUUCGGCAACAUCCUUUCCUGCAAGGUUGCCCAGGAUGAGCACGGCAACUCCAAGGGCUACGGUUUCGUCCACUACGAGACCGAUGAGGCUGCUUCCCAGGCCAUCAAGCACGUCAACGGCAUGCUUCUGAACGAGAAGAAGGUCUACGUUGGCCACCACAUUCCCAAGAAGGACCGCCAGAGCAAGUUCGAGGAGAUGAAGGCCAACUUCACCAACGUUUAUGUCAAGAACAUUAACAACGAGGUCACCGACGAGGAGUUCCGUGAGCUCUUCGCCAAGUUCGGUGAGGUCACUUCUUCCUCCCUUGCCCGCGACCAGGAGGGCAAGACCCGUGGCUUCGGUUUCGUCAACUUCACCACCCACGAGGCUGCUGCCGCCGCUGUUGAUGAGCUCAACGGCAAGGACUUCCGUGGCCAGGACCUCUACGUCGGCCGUGCCCAGAAGAAGCACGAGCGCGAGGAGGAGCUCCGCAAGUCUUACGAGGCUGCCCGCCUCGAGAAGGCCAACAAGUACCAGGGUGUCAACCUCUACAUCAAGAACCUCGGCGAUGAUGUCGAUGAUGAGAAGCUCCGUGCCAUGUUCUCCGAGUAUGGUCCCAUCACCUCUGCCAAGGUCAUGCGCGAUUCUCUCAUCGAGGGCUCCGAGGAGAAGGAUGAGAAGGAUAAGGAGAACAAGAAGGAGGGCGAGACCAAGGAGGAGGAGCAGAAGGAGGCUUCUGAGAAGAAGACCGAGAAGAAGGGUGACCGUAAGCUCGGCAAGAGCAAGGGCUUCGGCUUCGUUUGCUUCAGCAACCCCGAUGAUGCCACCAAGGCCGUCACUGAGAUGAACCAGCGCAUGGUCGAUGGCAAGCCCCUCUACGUCGCUCUUGCCCAGCGCAAGGAUGUCCGCAAGAGCCAGCUUGAGGCCAGCAUCCAGGCUCGCAACCAGCUCCGCAUGCAGCAGGCCGCUGCCCAGGCUGGUAUGCCCCAGCAGUACAUGCAGGCUCCUGUCUACUACGCUGGCCAGCAGCCCGGUUUCAUGCCCGCCCCUGGCGGUCGUGGCGUCCCCUUCCCCCAGGGCGGUAUCGUCCCCGGCGUUCAGGGUGGUCGCCCUGGCCAGUACCCCUACCAGCAGGGUGGCCGCGGUGGCGUCCCUCCCCAGCAGAUGCCCCCCAUGGGUUACCCCAUCAACCAGUUCGGCCCUGGUGCUUUCCCUCCUAACACCCCUCAGUACAUGGCUGCCGUGGGCCAGGUUGGUGCUCUUGGUGGUGGCCGUGGCGGUCCCGCUGGCCGGGGCCCUCAGGGCAUCCCCGCCGGUAUUCCCCAGGGUCUCCAGGGCGGCCCCGCCGUUCCCGGCUACCCCCCUGCCGGCCGUCCCCAGAACGGCGGCGGCCGUGGCACUCCUCGCGGCAAUGCUAACUUCAUGGCUGCCGGCCGUGGUGCCUCCCCCAUCCCUGGCGCUCCUGCCGACCUCAGCGCUGGCUCUUUCCUCCAGGCUCAGCUCGCUACCACUCAGGACCCUCAGGCCCAGAAGCAGAUCAUUGGCGAGAACCUCUUCCCCAAGAUCCAGGCCAUCCAGCCCGCUCUUGCUGGCAAGAUCACCGGCAUGCUCCUCGAGAUGGACAACGCUGAGCUGAUCAACCUCUUCGAGGAUGACAACGCUCUUAACGUCAAGGUCCAGGAGGCUCUUGCCGUUUAUGACGAGUACCUCAAGACCCAGGGCCAGCAGCCCACCCAGCAGCCCGCUGAGGCCAACGGCGAGCAGGCUGCCCCCAAGGCUGAGGAGCAGAAGCCGGAGGAGCAGAAGGCUUAA